AUGCCGUUGUCUUCCUCCAAAGAUGGCUCGGCUGAGCUAUUCGGCGGCGCCGUACCCGGUGACGCUGGGUCGUUGGAGGUGGUUAACGUGAAGAAAUUCCUAGAAUCUCGUUGUCUGGAAAUAGAGGAGUUGUUAACUACACUCAAACGUAGCGAGAAACAAGACCGUAUAUUCCAGAGACUGCCAUUCAUUCUACGUAGACGAGGGACAUCGCAUAACCCAUUCCGUGUACCAAAGCGACUUAGGCUACACCUUGCCCGUGAGAUGGCUAAAAGUAUGCCAAAAUGCGCAAAAAGGUUACGUAAAGAUGUAAGGAGACGUCUAAACCGUUUAGAAGAGUACCGUAGCCGUUGCAAACGUAACCAGUGGCUUGAGACACAUCUCUACCAUGCAAAACGCUUCAAAAUGGCUACGCUUUGGGGACACAGAUUGGCAUAUUGUACGGCUCAGAAAUGCAGAAGAAGAUGUCUACGAUACUGUAAACGUCGCUGCGUCAUACAUGAUCUGUCAUAUGUACGUGUUGUAAGUGUUAGUGGCACUCUACCUGUACUGCGCCAAGCAUUCCGUUCCGUAUUUGCAGAUUCAUCGCUCAUGUUCCAGGAUAGGCUGCUUAGCGGCGAGUAUCAAUCCCAGUGCUACUCCUAUUCGUCCAGUGGCGGGUCGUGUCGUAUGAUCUGUCCGACACGUUUCAUUUGGAUUGUACCAUGCCACUCCCAAAUGACAUCAGAUGAAGUUCGUGAGAUAUGGCUUUUCGUACAUCCUGCUGCUAUUGACGAAUUUGUAGAUACGUUAAACAAUAGCAGCGACGAUCUUGAAUGCCGUGUAGUGAAAGAUUUGUGCACUUUCGAGAUCAUGGGUCCACUUGCAGCUCUGUUGUUACGCGCUACACUGAAGGUUGAUGGCAAGCUAUCGACAGGCAAUGCUUUGUGGAAGCGGGUGAAUCUAAGAAACGUGGAUGUUCCACCUUCUUACGUUCUGCCCUUGCGGGUCAUGAUGCCGGUCGUCCAUGGCAACCUAAGACCACAAUUCAAGGUAAAAAGCAUGUGCGACCAGCACUUUGGAUCAGGGUGCUUCUCGGCAGACUUGGUAUCCCCUGAUGAACGCCGUGAGUUGCAUGAUUUCAAAGUCUCGGCGGAUUUCGAAAUAGUCACUAAGGUGGAUCUACCCCGGCUACGGCGGAGGAACUAUGCCAGCCAGGUUUCCAAGUUAUUGGAAUCACUCAACGUCCGUCAACCGAACGGCAAAGAUAAAGUCGAUGGCGUCAGGCCGGGGACAAAAAAUAACGACACAAAUACAUCGACCAGCUCGGAUGAAGCGCAAGAUUGCUUAAUGGAUUCGUCCCACGACAUAGACAUCCAUAAAAACAUGACAGAAGAUGCUAUGGAUUCUAGUAAAUAUACAGAUGAUACUGUUCCCGUAUGGUUAAUUCGCCGGGGUGAUGCUCUGGGCGGGUUUGACAUUGUGAUACCAGCUGGCACAAUAGCCCGUAAACUGUGGAUCCUGUUAAACCGCUACGGUGCCAUGGGGAUUGCUCAGCGUGAACGUGAGAUGAUAUAUGCAGAGUAUGGCCAGUGUUCAUUCCCACAAGACUAUCCCGAUACUUUAUCUGGGCAGAGCUAUUUGAGAGCAGCUGAGUCGUAG